AUUUACGCGGCGGCGGUCAUCAUUGUCAGGUUAAGCUUUUGGCGCGUUGACGUCAUCCUCCCUCGACAAAUCUUGUAAUCACACGCGAGAAUCUUUUUUUGGUACUUUGAACUCUUGAGUUUCCUGAUAUUCGCCAGGGAAAAGUGUGUUAAGGGACCUGUCUCGGCAGAGAGAGAACAUGCAUCUAUAGACAUUUCAUGAGUUAUCGACACGGCGAGAGUUGAACGAAUCUACGCGAUGACCCCUCCAUCGCAACCGCCUUCGACCACCAACUUCACGCGUCUCCUCUCGUCGCGGAGGAAACCCGCCUCACUUCCUCAAGACGAGCCAUCCGAAGCCAAAGACGCGCCCAGCACGCCCUCUCUCCUCGCCUCCAGCCCACACCAGCAAUUCAGCAGCAGUCGCUCGGCCUCGGCCUUCGACGACCCCGAACUUCCCCACACCCGUCUGCACACCCUCGCGCUUGCCUCGUCCUUCCCGCUGCUCGCGGGCUGGCUCGGUCCGAUCUCGAACCUCUUCUCAAUCACAGCGCUGGUCGAGUCCUGGCUCGGCGAAGUCACCGAGGCGUCGGCCGCUAGCGACGACAACACCGUCGAGUUCUCGGGGUACUACGACGACAGCGCCUACGUCGUCGUGCUCAAUGCUGUCUCGUUGUUUCUCGGCGUCGCGGCAAAUAUCUCGCUGCUGCUCAACUUUGCCGGAAGGAUCAAGUAUGACCAUUCGCAGGCAAUCUCGAUCUCGUCUUUCUUCAUCGCUAGCAUGAUCCUCGUCGGGCUCACGGUCGCAGAGUAUAAAAACUUUCAGCACCUCGAAUAUCAGAUUGGGCAGGGUGCCGGGGUCGAGGUGGGGAUCGUGCGAAUCGCGCUUACUCAGGGAUACUGGUCUGCUGUAAUUACCUCUGUCCUCUACUUCAUCUGCUUCUUCCUCCUUGCCUGGAACGAAAUAGGCCACCUCCUAGGCCUCUACCCCGCCUCCUUCAUCCUCUCCUCCCACCAACGCUCGCUCAUGCUCCAGAUCCUCGCCGCCGUUCUCUGGAUCGCCAGCGGCGCAGGCGUCUUCUCCCGCAUCGAGGGCUUCAGCUACGCAAACGCAGUCUACUACUGCGACGUCUCGAUCCUCACCAUCGGCCUCGGCGACAUCGUCCCCGUCUCCAACCUCGGCCGCGCGAUCUUACUCCCCUACGCGCUCAUCGGCGUGCUCCUCGUCGGUCUCGUCGUCUCCUCCGUGCGCUCGCUCGUCAUCGGCGUCACCCGCAGAGCCCAGGCGCUCAACAAAACAGAGCGGUUACGCAUCCACCACCUCUCCCUCCGCAACGCGCGCACGUCCGAACCCGACCCAGAGAUCUCAUUCAAAGUGAUGCGGUCGCUCCACCGCCGCGCGCGCCGCGCCGAUCGCUGGCAAAUUUUCGCGAUCGCGCUCUUCGUCUUCUUGACUUUCUGGAUCGUGCUCGGCGCGCUGAUCUUCUCGCGCCUGCAGCACUCGUGGACGUUCUUCGAAGGCCUGUAUUUCACAAGCCUCUGUCUCUUGACAAUCGGCUACGGCGACUUCAAACUCACGACGCCGGGUUCAAAGGCGUGGUUCGUGCUCUGGAGCUUGUUCGCCGUGCCGAUGGUCACCAUCUUGAUCUCCAGCAUGGGCGACACCAUCCUCGCCGCGGUCAUGAAGGGAACCGCAAAGCUGGGCGAUUGGGCGCUCGCAAACGUUAAUCACGAACAUUCCGGCACCGGCGGGACGCACGAGCCUGAGACGCGCUCGGCGGGCGCGAAACGGAGGAGACGGCGGUUGACGUUGAGCCAACCGAGUCUGCUGCGCAGGGCUCCGACGUCCAUCGCGCCUAAUACCGAGGACCUGUGGACGCUCGUGUACCGCCGCAUGAGGGAAGACAUUGAGCGGCAGCAUCCCGAGCUCGACUCAUCCCGCGCGUCCUCGGACUCUUUUUCCGAAGCCGACGACAGCACCGCCAGCUUACAAAGCGAUCUCGAGAAAGAAGCGACGGUGAUUGACGCGAUCCAGCGGAUCCUCGUCGAUCUCCGCCGCGACCGGCAUAAGCAGUAUCCGUACGAGGAAUGGCAGACUUUGUCCUCCGUGCUCGGUGUGGACUUUGACUGGCUGGGCGCGGACUCGCCGAUUCGGUUUCCGGGGGUGGACGAGCCGGCGCUGUUGUUGAGGUUAUACUGGAUCUCGCUUACGAGGUUACUGAGACGGCGGCGGCGGAGGAUCGCGAGACGCGAGAAGAUGCAGGGCAGUCGUGGGGAUGAGAAGACCGCGGCGGCGGCGGAGGCGGACGAGACGCGGGAGGAGAAACUUGAGGAUCUUGAAAUGAUGCAGCAGGCUGCGGAUGAGUUCCACAUGACGACCGUCAAGCGAUCUGGCUCGAAACCUGCUGCUGCGUCGACUGCUGCGGCUGAGAGCGCGGAAGACGACGACGACGACGCGGCAGAUGAGGAGGAGGUCGAGAUUGAUAUCGUGGAUGAGGAUAGCGAGGACGGGUAUAGUUCUAGUUCGUCUGUGUCUGAUUAGGUGCUGUGUAUAUAGAGAAGGCGUAUUUGCAAAUGUUUUUACUUUUGGAUAUAAGUUUUGGGUGUUACCGCGUUUGUGCAAUAGAUGUUGAAAUCUCUG